ACACGGAAGUGAUACACGGAAGUGGGUCGAAGCAGUCUUUUUGAACGACUGAUUCCUAGUCGAAGCGUCCUCUCUAAAGACUGUAUUAUAAAGUAGUUGAGUGAGUACAAAAAGCCGAAAUGGUUGUGUCAGACUUGGAUAAAUCUUCUGUGUUACUGGACGAAAAGCUGCUCUGUUUCAUGGAGCAGCUGGAGUUACUGGAGGAGAAACGAGCCGCUCUCAACUCUCUCAUAGAGCAGGGAUGGUUUUCUAUGUCCAAGGCUAGAUAUUCCAUGGGAAACAAACACGUCUCUCCACUUCAGUAUGCGAGUGAGAUAGAGCCACUGGUCUGUGUUCAUGCCAAAACAUUGGACAAUGGUGAGGUGGAUUUCUGCACAGAAAGGGUGAAACAAAAGUGUAAUGAGGUUGGAAAAGAUAAGAUAGAGGAUAUUGGACCUCAAGAAGAAGGAGUCAGGAGAAGAAUCAAACCAAAAAAGGAUAUGACAGAGAAAGAGGCAAGUGAAGAAACAAGCAGUGAGAAAGCUCCUGAAGUAACUCCAGUCAGAAAAAGCGACCAGAAUCCUCAGCAAGAUCCACUGAAAUGGUUUGGGAUUCUGGUUCCACAAUCUCUUAAACAUGCACAGUCGUCAUUUCAGCAAGUUGUAGAGCUGUCAGCUGAGAUUGCAACCCUUCAGACUGCAGUUUUGAACACCAGACGGGAGCUGAAGCACAGCAUGAAGGACAAACGCAUUCACCUGGAGGAAGCUUCAGCAACCCAGUUGGACAAGAUGGCAGACUAAUUAACUUUAAGUUAAAUCUGGAGAUGAUCUGAGAAGAGCGUGUGGCCACAGGCAGUGACAGGGUACAGUCAGUAGAUUAUGCUUAAGGGCCAACUGAACUCAACAGCGAUCUUCUGAAUUCUCAAGUGUCAAGUUACAGAUGAUUAUUUAAUGACUCAAUGUCUAGUAAUAGAUUAUGUUUGAUCCUGUGCGUUUUACUGUCUACCUCAUAAAUGUGUGGCCUGUUAGAGAUGGAUCUGUUUGUGAAUGCUGUCUUUUAGUAUUUGAAAUACAUUUUGAGUAGUAUACUUAGAAAAUAUUUUAUGAAUAUAAACAGAACCUGUUUGAUGUUUUUUUAUUUAUUUAAUUAAUAGCACUCUUUGUAAAGGAUGUAUCCAUUGCAAUUAUUAGAAUGAUUAAUUAAUCAUUUACUAAUACUUAAUAAAUCAAUUAUAAGACGAUAAUAAGAACCAGUUGUUUGUUGCCAGAUUGAGAAAAGCCUUUGAAUGGUGUUGAAUAUUGUUUUUUAUUUGGUAAUAAUGCAGUGAUACGUUUUUGGUAAUACAAUAAUACAUCCUAAAAAGUUGUUAAUUAAUAUACUGUGUUCCAGGUCCUCUGCAGCCAUUACCCAGAAAACAUAUUUAUCAGCAUAACAAUACUUUCAAUAAUAAUUGAUCAAUAGAUGUCAUAUGUUAGUUUGUUUCUGCCUGUUGAUUGUAUUCCUCUCCAUUUGUUCUUAUUGUUUGUGUUUUAAAAAAUGCUGCAAAAACGGAUUUGUUAAGCAAUAGUUAACGACUUAAUGACCAUUAUUUACAACUUCUUAUCCCUUUACAAGGGGUGUCCAUUUUAGAGAGUGGCACCAAAUUGUCUUUAAUUUCAUAUUUGUAUUCCCUUUCCCCCAAAAAAAAUAAUUAUUAAAAAAUGCAG